AUGGGUGGUCGAAAGUUCACGAGAAAAAGUGCGGACGRCUUUAAAUGGAGCAAACUUGAUCGUUUCUUGGUAUCUCAGAGUUUUCUCGCCUUCUGGCCUAAGGCUUGUGUGACUGYGCUGCCGUUUCUAUAUUCKRWUCAUUGCCCUAUCCUGCUUGACGGCURUGAAGUUGACUUUGGACCKAUCCCUUUUAAACUUUUUAAUUMUUGGCUUAAUGAUCCUGAUUUUGUGCAGAUGGUGAAAGAGGGCUGGAUAAAAAAUCGCAACGCUUACUCGAAUCCUAACAACAUUCGGUUUCUUUUCUCCAAUUUAAAGCGGCUAAAGGUGAAGAUCAAAGCUUGGAAUAUUUCAAGAUCGGCCUCCUCAAGAUCCGAGGAGGCCUUACUUAUGGCUAAGAUCAAUGAUCUUGAUUCGAUUGUGGUAGCUGGUAAUCUGAAUGUUGAWGUCGCGCAGUCUAGAAUAGAGACUAUGAAGCGUAUUUUGGAGAUUGAUGAAGCGGUUAUUAGUGAUCUCAGGCAAAAGGCCAAAGCUAGGUGGACUCUUGAAGGAGAUGAAAACUCUCGGUUCUUCCACGGUCUUCUUCGAUGCAGAUUUAGCAAGUUAAAUAUUCAUGGUAUCGGUGUAAAUGGAAGAUGGACUCGUGAUCCGUUAGAGAUGAAAAAAGCAGCUUUUGAUUUCUUCAAAGAGAAAUUUUCGGAAGAUAAGGUGUGUAGGCCGUCUUUCAAGAGYAAUMAUUUCAAAAGAAUCUCGCUAAGUCAAAAGGAGUCGCUCGAGUUGCCCUUCUCUUUUGAGGAGGUUAAAAUCGCAGUUUGGGGUUGUGGUAAUGAGAAAGCGUCGGGGCCUGAUGGUUAUUCUUUUGCUUUCUUUAAAAAGUUUUGGGAUGUCAUUGGUGACGAUGUUUUCAAAGCGGUCAAAUCCUUCGAGGCUAACGCAGAAAUUGGAAGGGGAUGA